AUGGAAUGGGAGGAGCAGCUGUGGACACACACGUCCAUGGUCAUGGUGGGCACAUCCAACCACAGCGACGCAGUCAUGUGCAGGGCCACAUCACAGGAGGGCAAGGAAGCCGCCAUGAAUGACACACAUCAUCAUCAUCAUCAUCAACCCUUCCCCAUUUCCCUCCUCUUCUACCUCAGCUCGGCCGUCAUCACCGCCCUCACCACGACCAUCGACGGCACAGCCGCCAUCACACCCGGCCGACACCAGCCCCAAUCUGGCGUGAGGCAGACAUUGCACAUAUCAGUCGCUCUGAUGAAGAGCGUUGAGGAGGCGCAUGAAGCGGUGGAACCAACGACGAUGAUGAAGGUGAGAGGGCCAUGCAUCCCGUCUCCGUCCAACCGACCAAGCAAAGCAGCCGAGCGAGCAAGCAAAGGACACGGCGUGGCAAGGGGCCGUUUGUUUUCGCCGUUUCCACCACCAGCAACAACAGCAACAACAACAGCUGAUGAUGUGUGGCUGCAUUUGGAUGCACUGGCCCUCUGUCUCUCGUCCAUCUCCACCUGCUCUUCGUCGUCAUUGGUCACCAACAGCAGCGACUGCGACCGUGGAUGUGGAGGGUGUGAUGUGCGUCGAUGUGCCGUUGCCUCGCGUGACGACGCUGCUGGUGGUGGGCAGUGGCCGAUCUCUUCCCAAGCCCUCAUGACACGACCAGGGCGAUACACGCACACACAAAUGUGCCAGAGAAGAAGGCACGAGGCGGACGUAUGCGGGUUUCCCCAACCGAUUUCCUUCUUUCUUUUCCCAACAAAUCGCCAUUGCUCUGUGUCAUCAUCAUCAUCAGCCUUCCCCAUGCGAUGUGCAGCUGUUGAGGCGUGAUCGAGACAGCGGCCAACCCAGGUA